AGCUGGGUUUGUGCCAAAGACCAGAGUCCAGUGUGGGUUGCGAGGCUAACAUGAUAACGCUCAUGAGUAUCCAAUCAAUGGCGUGAAACAGGGGUCAUAAACAGCUCAGAUAAGCCCAGGAUGCUCUGAGUGAAUGUGCACCACCACUUGCGUUUCUGUUUCAAAGAACACACCUGCUCUGGUCUUUGCCUUCAUGGACAUCUUUAGCUGCUAUCAUUUAAGCUGGUUUCAAAGUCAAAGGCUUGCUGUACACUGAGUACAGUAAACUGACUUGGAAAACCAAAGAAUACUUUUUUUUUUUAAGGUCAAAGACACUCAUCCUGUCCAGACAUGGUGACUGUAGAUGUCCGAUCCCUUACCCAGCCAGUGGGGAUCAUGCGAAUAAUGGCAGCUAUCCUCACUUGCAUGUGUUUUAGCCUGGCGGGAGCGGCAGGAGAUGGUUCAUCUUCCUACUGGGCGUGGUGCAUGUUCACUUGGUGCUUCUGCUUCUUCUUCACGUUUCUGAUUGUCAUCCUGGAGUUCACCACCGUCAACAGCAAAGUACCUUUCGCCUGGGAUGACUUCACUACCGCCUUUGCAAUGCUUGCGAGCGUCAUGUGCCUGAUCGUCUCCAUCAUCUACCCCACUUUUUUCACUUGCAAAACCUGCCACCGUGCUAUCGGUGCCUCCGUGGUCUCCUGGGUUUGUUUCGCCACAUAUGCAGGUGAGGUGGUCUUAACACGCCUUUAUCCUCGUGGGGAAACCAGCGGGUUCCUCUCCACGGUGCCGGGGAUAAUGAAGAUGCUGGAGACCUUCAUUGCCUGUCUCAUCUUUGUAUCCCUGGAUCAAAGCCAGUACACUGCUAAUUCAGGACUCCAGUGGUGUGUGGCUGUGUAUACCUUGUGUUUUAUCUUUUCCAUCAUCAUAAUCCUGCUCACCCUCGCACAGCUGACCUCCUACUUGCCGAUCUCCUUCGACAUGGUGGUGAUUGUCUAUAACAUUUUGGCAGCAGUGAUGUACACGACAGCUAUGGUGAUCUGGCCACUCUACAGUUUCUCUAAGAACAAACAAAGACCCUCUAACUGUGGUCACUUCUGUCCCUGGGAUAAGCUGGUGGUGGUCACCUUCAUGACAAUCUUUAACUUUAUUGUUUACACCCUGGACGCUGUGUACUCGAUACGUCUUGUGUUCUGCAUCAUGAAUCGUGAAGACUAAUAUGAAACAAAACAUGCUCUGUGUUUGCAUCACUCUUAAUAGAACAAGGUUAUAAAAGUGUUUCAAUUUUUUAUAAACUUGUGUUAUACAGCUGCUGACCAAAUAACGAAUCCAACAUAGUCUAUUAUAAUCUAAAGUGCUGUCUUAAAUAACUGCAUAAAAGAAAUGUAAAGUACCAAAACAUACUCAGUUAAUGAUUAGAUCUGUGGUAUCACUGUCAUAAGAUCUAAAAACAAAACAAAUAUCUGAGGGGAACUUUGGAUCCUGAGGUGAUCGAACAGUACAGGUAAUAAUGUUGAGGUCAUCUAUAGCUCUGCUGCGUCGUGUAGUCAAAUUAUAUGCCAAAUAAAGGUGGGUGUGUUCACAUUCAUCUUUUUACUUGACGGUGUCACAACUUUCUGAUGAAAGGAAGAGUUUGACAGUUGACAUUUCGCUGUAUAAUAAACACGGUGGUUAUUUUUCAAAAAAAAAAAUGAAGGCCAAGAGCAAAAUGUUAUUGAUGCACUCUUGAGUAUUAGCGUAAAGCCUGACUGAUAUGUUAUUUGUUUAGGCCGAUACCGAUAUCUGCUGAUUUAAAAAGUCUGAUAUCCAACAUUGGAUGAAAUAAAUGUAAACAGAUUUCAGCCAAUAACUGCACAUUUGCUGUUUGUAGUUUAUAUACUUGUUUACAUUCUGGCCAGUCAGAUGGUUGUUGUGUUUGUGGCAACUUUCCUGUUGCCAACAAGAAAGUUACUGAAUGCCCUCUGCUGGUCAAACUUCUCGGCAUGAAGACUCGUGCUGCAUGAGUGCUUCUCCAGUCCCUUGGUUACUUUUUAAUUUUCAUUUACUGGCCAAUAUAAAUGCCAGUACAGUCAGAUCGACAUUUAGAUAACGGUAUCUCCUUCGAAGGUGAAGGUCGAUAUUGCUACCUUCAUGUAGAACCAAGUAUCCUGCAUUGAAAAGUGAAAGCAAAAGUCUAGUAUUAUUUUGUUUGUGCUGAACUACCUAAAAAUGAACGUGUCCUAGUUUCAACAAUAGUAAUCUACAAACCAAUGCGUGACAUUGACAUGUAUGUUCAUCUUUUAGAUCCAGUUAAUAACAACUGUUUCCAUGUUCCCAGACUUUCUGCUAUUCGGGUGUGGUCACCUGAAUUAUAUAAUAAAGACCACAUUUUGUUCCCUAAAUGUCAAGCCAGUGUUGCAGAUAAAUAUAUAAUAAAACCAAAAUCCUUAGUGUGCAACACAAACAGGAAAAUAUAAACACUGAAAGGCAAACAGACCUGCCACUGAGAUGGGGCUGGAAGAAAUGAGAGAAAUACAGGGACUUUUUUUUUUUCUAAAGGCGGAGAUGAAGCAGAGACAGCAGUGAGACGGCAAGAAAUUUCCAGACCUUGGUGGGAUACGUGGGAAAGCCAAAAAAGAAAAUGAAGUUGGAUUUGUUGGAAGGUGUUUUCUUUCUUUUUUUCCCCCUUUCUUUCUUCUUUAGAGAUGUGCUGGGCAGGCCUGGAAAGCCAGGAAGCAAAAAGUAGAACCUCAGUUAAUUCUUUUAAAACAGCUUCAUCCAGAUCUUACAUGUAAUCCCAAAAGUAUUGUGCUGCCCGGUAUACCAAUCUGUGUGAGUGAGCUUGGGUCAAAUAGAGUAAGUGAAGCAUGGAAAUUUAGCUUUUCUUCUCAUGUCAGUCUGUCAGAAGGAAAGACCACAUUUAAGUAAAUCGUCUAUAUAUGCCAGACGUGACAGUAAAUUGGAUUCUGUAAGGUGUGCUUUGAUUUAGAUUACCGAAUGGACAACUCACGAUCAACAGUUCACGAGUUUCUUCCACUUCAGGGGGGAAAAGAGGUAUGAAAAAGUACACUGUACAACACAUCCAAAAUGUGCCUUCCUUAUUAAAAGGAGUUGCAGUAAAAUGUAUUUUGUGACUGUAUUUACUAUUCAAAGCAUCUAUGUAAAGAGGUGUUACGUUUAGUGUGGUUAAAUCAACCAACGCUUUCUCCCUGUGUGUUUGCUCAUUAAAUACCAGCAGAGUUAGUGGUAAUCAUUAACUAGUUCUAACUUUUAGUUGGAAUACUAAAGUAAUACGGAAGAGAACAAAGAAUUGUUGAUAACAUAAAGCAACUGUUCAAUUAUUAAAGUACAAAACUACCAUAGAAAACAUAAUGCAAAAGAGUUUAACACAAUCUUAAGCUGAAUUAUUAUUUUGAAAAAUGAAACAAACAGUUUCAGUUUA